AUGGAGGAUCGACUUGGAGGACCAUCGCGCCGGCGACUUGCAGAGGAAGUGAAGGAGAUUGUGCCGGAAGCCGUCCUCGACCCCGAGGGCGAGAGUAUGGCGGCCAGGCCUCCACCAACAGGCCACUCGCCAUUGUUUGGGUUUGCAGCAGGUCUCCUGUCUGGCUGGACAAAGCUGGUAGUCGGACACCCAUUUGACACUAUCAAGACAAGAUUGACCAAAGAGGGGCCGCUAGCACUGUAUAAGGGGGCCUCGGUUCCAGCAAUAUCGUGGGGCAUUACGGACUCGAUCUUGAUGGGCAGUCUGCACAACUAUCGUGCCUUCUUGAAAGACAAUGGCUUCGCUGAGCGCAUUCCCGGUUCGAUAGAAGAUGGACCUGCGGGAACCAGGCUAUCGAUCCUGGGCCACAGCAUUGCGGGUCUCUUUGCUGGAUGGACGAAUGCCUCGGUCGCACACCCUACGGAAACGAUCAAGUGCAAGCUCCAGCUGCAGCUCGUGCAACCUGAGCAUUUGCCAAAGCAAUACUCGGGCCCCUUUGACGUCGUCCGCCAGACGGUCGCUGCGCAGGGCAUCACCGGCAUGUGGCGCGGCCUCGGUGCGAGCUUCAUGUACCGCUCCUGCUUUGCAGCCAUGUUUGGAGGAUUUGAGAUCUUCAACCGCCUAUUCUCCAGCUGGAAGGGCACCACUUGGGAGAUGUCCCCUGGUGCAAUCAACUUCUUUGCUGGUGGUAUGGCGUCCAACAUGUACUGGUUGGCGGCAUUGCCCAUGGACAAUAUCAAGAACCGCAUCAUGGUCGACUCGCCAACCACGCCCAAGUACAAGGGCGUUUUUGACGCGUACCGCAAGGUCUGGGGUGAGACCUACGACGGGAAGCGCGGUCUGGGCUGGAAUAGCCAGGCGCGAGUGCGCAACUUCUACAGGGGCUUCGUCCCAGUUGCUCUUCGCGCUUUCCCGACCAACGCUGCUGCUCUGGCAGUAUGGGAGGGAGUCAUGCGCUGGGCGGCGGCCAAGUGA